CAAAAGAGAUUAUUCCUAACAUCAAAAUGAUUGGUGCACUUACUUGCUAUAUCCCUAGGUCUCACAAUUAUAGACGUAGAAGCGAAGCAAUUAUCUCUUUUGUAAAUGAAGAGGCACUAGAAACGGCAAUUGGUAAAAAAUGGAAGGCAGGUGAAUUCAAUAUUAAAGCCACAAGCCUGGUAGCAAAAACAUACUACAGAUGCCACUUCAAGGAACAUAUCGCUAAAGAUUGUCCACGGUCAAUAAACGAAAAAAGGAUAGAAGUAACAAAAAAUGAAAAUUUUUUAAAAUUCAAAAAUAUUUACAAAAAGUACAAUCCAAAAUUAUAUACAAAUUUAAAUAAAAAAUUUGGUGAAAAAUCAUUUGCUGAU